AUGACAUCCACUACACAAACUUCACGCUUACCAACAGAAAAAGCGUCAAAAUCUGCAAAAACUUCAGUAUCAACUAAGGCACAGCUUUGCGCAUGCAUCUUUGUGUUUCUAAUAUGUUUUGAAAGCGUGGGUGCUUCAGUACUAUGCAGACAAGGCCGCGGAUGUGAGACGGUUUCUACAGAAGACUUAAAACUUUUAAUUCCGCUUUCCACUUAUAAGGCCAAACGGAACCUCGGCGUUCUUUGUAAGUUUUAAUUACAACACCUUGUUUCUUAAUUUUGGGAGCAUAAGCAGUUUUGUGUUAAACCUUAGUACAUAGCUUCGUCGUCUUCGACGUUUUAAACGUGAUGAGUUUGUUCAAGUUUGAAGAUAAAGAAACUAUUUUCGCGUUCCUGCUGAAACACUUUGUUGGUCUUUACUAUUAAGUAUAACAUUAGUAGAUGACUUCGUCGUUGACGUUGUUUUAAACUUUGAUGAUAAUGGUCACAAAGCUUGAACACUGUUAAACUAUCUAUGAACCCAAGUAGACAAAACUUGCUUAAGCCUCAAAUUUUCCAUUCAGUAUAACAUUAGUACAUGACUUCGUCGUUAACGGGGUUGUAAACAUCCUAACUUGAGCUGCAUUGUCUAGUCGAUUAGUAUUAACCAUUCCUGUUUCAGCCCAAAACCGCAGAUCACUCCACCCAUGCCGAUGGAAGCUGUGUGGUGCCUUUAACCCAUACCAACCUUUUGUAAACGUAAUGAGGAAGAUGCGACGUUAA